GCUUCUUGGUGGUAUCUCAGCCAUGACAUACAUUUGACAUGCCCUCCCUUAACCCGCUGGUAGACAGCUUCUCUUGGCCUGCAGCAUGGACCAAAGGGAAAUUCUGCACAAGUUCCUGGAUGAGGCCCAAAACAAGAAAUCUAGCAAAGAGGAGUUUGCUGAUGAAUUUCUGAAGCUGAAAAGACAAUCCACCAAGUACAAGGCAGACAAAAUCUAUCCCACAACUGUGGCUGAGAUGCCCACGAACAUCAAGAAAAACAGAUAUAAGGAUAUCUUGCCCUAUGAUCAUAGCCGAGUAGAGCUGUCUUUGGUAACCUCUGGUGAAGAUUCCAACUACAUCAAUGCCAACUUCAUUAAGGGAGUUUAUGGGCCUAAGGGUUAUAUUGCCACCCAGGGACCCUUGUCUACAACUGUCUUGGACUUCUGGAGAAUGAUCUGGGAAUACAGUGUCCUGAUCAUUGUUAUGGCAUGCAUGGAGUUUGAGAUGGGGAAGAAAAAGUGUGAGCGCUACUGGACUGAGCUAGGAGAGCUACAACGGCAACUUGGCCCUUUCUCCAUAUCCUGUGAAGCUGAAAAUAGAAAAUCUGAUUACAUAAUCAGGACUCUAAAAGCCAAGUUCAAUAGUGAAACUCGAACUAUCUACCAGUUUCAUUACAAGAAUUGGCCAGACCAUGAUGUGCCUUCAUCUAUAGACCCUAUUCUUGAGCUCAUCUGGGAUGUGCGAUCUUACCAAGAGGACGACAGAUUUCCCAUAUGCAUUCACUGCAGUGCUGGUUGUGGAAGGACUGGUGUUAUCUGUGCUAUUGAUUAUACCUGGAUGCUACUAAAAGAUGGGAUAAUUCCUGAGAACUUCAGUGUUUUUAGCUUGAUCCAGGAAAUGCGAACACAAAGACCUUCAUUUGUUCAAACACAGGAACAGUAUGAACUGGUCUACAAGGCUGUAUUAGAACUAUUUAAGAGACAGAUGGAUGUUAUCAGGGAUCAAUAUUCGGGAACAGAGAUGCAAGCAAAGUAUUCAGCUCUUGAGCAAAAUCCCACUGUAGAAACAGAGUCUCAUUCUCCUAAUUUACCGGAAAGUGACAUAAAAGAAGCAAAAAUGAUGAACCAACAGAGCAAACAAAGGCUAAGGAUAAAAAGCGCAGAAGCUUCUUCCUUUGAAUUCAGGACUUCUGACAUCAGUGAAAAGGAAGGGUUAGUUUUGCACCCUGCUGGACAGAGCAGUUCUUUUGACCUUUUGGAGCUAAAUUGUAGUUGUAACAAAAAUGCUGAUAUAGUCACAGAGUGGGAGACAAAGGCAUUUCCAAUUGCUGGGGAGCCUCUUCAGAAGCAUCAAAGUUUGGACUGGAGCUCCAUUUUGUUUGGAGCAUAUCCAAAUUCUAAACCUGCAGAUGUAGCAGGAAGAUAUUUUAAUUCAAAGAGGCCGAUAAUGAGGACCAAAUCAAUUCCCUUUGAACUGAUACAACAGAGAGACACCAAGGAGCUGGAUGUCAAGGCACAUUCUUCUCGUUUGGAAUCUCAACCACGCAACUUUUGUCUUGAGCAGCCUCAAAAAGCAAUGCAUGUUUCUUCAGCAGAACUGAAUUACUCGCUGCCAUCUGGCUAUCAGCACCAAAUGUGCAAUACCUCUGAUGCAAAGUGGCAGGACUCUAGUGCUGUUGAUGUAUAUUCUUACAUGUCUUCAGAAGAUCCUUAUUUUUUAUCAUUGUCACCAAGUAGUGCUGGUUCUAAGAUGUCUCUUGAUUUACCUGAGAAGCUAGAUGGAAAUGUUUUACCUUGUUCUUCAUUGCCAACAUCCUCCACAACCCUUUUUUCUUGUUACAAUUCACAUGAUUCUUUAGCACUGAGUCCUCCAACUGAUGAUCCCCUACCAAGCCAAGAGACAGCAGUAGUAGUAGCAACCCCUCCUUCGAUGGAUGAUGAAGUACCCCCUCCACUUCCUGAAAGGACUCCUGAAUCUUUUAUUGUGCUGGAGGAAGCUGGAGAAUUCUCACUGGGUGUUCCCAAAUCCUUAUCUUCACCUGCGAAGGCAAAAGUUGGAAUAUCACGAGAAUGGAGUGGAACAUCUGAGUUAAAUACAUCUGAUGACUCUGUGAGACUUAGACCAACUAAGAGUGUAAAACUCCGGAGUCCCAAAUCAGAUCAACAUCAAGAUCGUUCUUCUCCCCCACCACCUCCACUCCCAGAAAGAACCCUGGAGUCCUUCCUUCUUGCUGAUGAAGAUUGUAUGCAGGCUCAGUCUAUAGAGACUUCUUCUACUAGCUGUCCUAGUACCAUGGAAAAUUCAACAUCUUCAAAGCAGACAUUAAAGACUCCUGGAAAAAGUUUCACAAGGACUAAGAGUUUGAAAAUUUUGAGAAACGUGAAAAAGAGUAUCUGUAAUUCUUCCCCACCAAAAAAACCUGCAGACUCUGUUCAGUCAAAUCACUCCAGCUCCUUUCUGAAUUUUGGUUUUGCAAAUCGUUUUUCAAAACCCAAAGGACCAAGGAAACCACCAUCAACUUGGAAUAUUUAACACAACUUUGGAAUAUAGGCUGCAAGUUCAUUUACAAAUAAAAGUACUAGAAUACUGCUACCUAAAAUAAGGUUUCCAUAUUCAUAAUUUCAACAACGAAGAUACUGUAAUGUGUUAGUAGCAAUAUUAGAAAAGGAUAUUCAAAUAAGUGCCAGAAAUUUUAUAUUUUCAUCUUAUUUCUAUUGAGUUGGAAAUUGGAAAUAAGUUUGUCACCUGAGCUUAAGCAGAGAAUGCUGUAUGAGAAACAGUUUUAGAAUGGACUUAUUUUUCACUUUGUAAGUUAUUUUUAUUCUACUUUCUACAGAAACAUAAACUUUAAAAUAUUUUUAAGAAUUGGAUCUCAACUGUUUACCUUGCCAGAAUUUACUAUACAAAGCGUUUCGCAAAAUCUGACUUGUGGUUGUGGUACAAAAUUACUACUUGUGACAGUGACUAUUCCCUGGGAGUUAUUUUUGCCUAAAUUCCUUGCACAUCUCCCCAAAGAUGGAAAACUAGAGAAAAGGAGACGUUAGAUUUAAGAUAAUAAGUAAAUCAUGAAAAUCUUUGCUGUUUGGUUAGAUUCACUAACAAGAUGUUCAACUGCAUUUCUGUCUUUACCAAAGCUAUUCAGUUACCAAGUCUAGAAGAAUAAUCAGCAAAAUAGCUAUCUUUUGGUAGCAUUUUCUUCAUUUCAAAGGUCCUACAUAAACACGUGCAACUUAUAUCCAACCAACUGGAGGUUUUAAAUUUUUCUAUAUGGAAAAUGGACCUGCCUUAUUUUAAGAAAAUCUGAGUUUUCAAAGCUGAUUUUAUGUAACAAGUUAGCGAGUAAUUAUUGUUAGAUUCCCCUGAGUUCUCCUAAUGAUUUGAAACUCAGAAAAAGUUUAACUUUUAGAAACCAGAAAUAAACAGCACUUGUUCUUCAGUAACUUUCAUUAUGAACCCUAAUGACAGCGCAAACUGGAUGAUGUGUUAGCCUGUUUACUGUAGAACAAUGUACACAAUAGGUGCUGAAUAAACUGUUUCUAAACUGACUUUACCGCAGUGUUCAUUUGGCCGAAUACUUCUCCAGGCACUCGUGCCAUUUCGGAGUACUUCACUGUAAUCAAUUAUCCCCAGAUAUCUUUAUCACGGACCAAACGCGUGAACAGAAUCUUAGGUAAAAUCUAAAACCCUGACGAUGGAAUUGUGAAUGAAUUUCCGGGCAGCAACCUUGGUGAACAGUGACGAUUUCUGGAAUGUUCCAUGGUAGGCACCCUUCUCAAAUUUAUGCAACCUUCUCCUUGUGACUCGGGGGAAAAAAAAAAAAACUUAUUUAGAAAAGUUUUAAAACACGGUUUUCCGUCUAGAAUUCUUUCGUCGCCGAGGAGACGGAUUCAAAACAAAUGAUGGCCUCUACCUUUCGAGGCAAGGGGGGCGGGGGGCGCGGCUCGGGGCGAGGUGGGGCGCGCGCCCCAGGCGCCCAGGCAGCCCUCGCACCUGUCCUGUGACGCCGGAGGCCGUAACCAUGGCAGUGCCCGCCGAGAGGUUACAACAUGUCUUCGCUGCGGCCCCAUCACAUUCUACACCCAAAUCGCCCUCGUUUCACAAAUGACCAAGUUCCCCUUUCUUCUCCAUUAUUUCAUCGCUUGUCCAAAGAUAAAAGGCCGCAGAUUCUUUUACCUGACAAAGGUCAUGCGAGGAACGUGAAACUUUAAAAGUACCUAAGGAGACCACCUACUCCGUGUAAAACGACGCAAAGGCCCACGAACGCGAUGACAGGAACGCGCCCGCAGACGCCGAGA